AUGAUGUCCAGCAGAGAACUGCAGUGCUCCAUGUGGCCUGUGGGGGCGCUGCAUCCAGUGCGGGCUCAACUGGAGCGCUUUGAGGCUGGACCAGGCUGUGCGGCCAGAGAGGGCGGACCUAAAGAGACCCAUUUGGUGUCCAAACGUCACAUUUGGGUGUCCUGUCCGCAGGUAACGGUGGUGUUAAGACCUUUGACCGUCUCUCGGCCCAUCAAAAGGCCGGUGAUUCUGGUGUUGAGCUCCCAGCAUGCCGUGCAUUGGGUGUUGGAAAAUGAGGGACUGUCACACAGCAUCAACGUGCUGGUGCAGGUGUCUUUCAACUCCACAGCCGUCUCUUCGAGCUUGUCCAUCCGCGUGGUGAAGGUUCCUUCUCUGCCACGGCGGCCACAAGUCCUGCUUCGCUGGAUCCUCCAGCGUCACGCCACCAUCUCGUCACUCACGCACACUGUUCACGCGAACCGCGUUUACCUCCGUCUGGGAGAGGAAGCCAACAUGCCGAGUGAGUGCCGCCUGUGGUCUCCGUUUCUGUCUCAGAACUAUCUGGCCUCAGAUCUGCAGGAGCAGGAGGUUCAUGGCUGCGUCCCGUCAGACCAGCCCGCGGAGAUGGAGGUGCACAUCAUCCACCUCUGGUCCUCAGGAUCCGGCCUUUGCGGCUCUCUGCAGGUGGAGGUGUCUGUCUCUCUGCUGCCUCCAGUGGCUCGUUCAGUGUAUCACAGGAUUGUCUUGAUCCUCAGCAGUGUGGUUCCGGUCAACUGGGCUCUGGUGGCUCCAGAGGUCAAAGGUCACAUCAGGGUCUAUUCGUCCAACAGCGUGAGUCCGCCAUACCGAACUCAAGCCCCCGGCUUCAGCAUGACCAGCACCGUGACCUCUGACCUCCUCAGCACCACCAACCUUCUAGAAUGGGCUAAUCAGAACGGCUUCCCCAAAGUGACCUCGUACACCGAGGCUGAUCUGGCCAAUCGCUUCGUCGUCAGGCUAAGAGAAGGAGGGUCAGACACAGAACUGAGGUCUUCAGAUGGGCGGCAGGAUGACAUCAUAACAGACAGAAGCAGGGAGGCGCUCAGCUGCCACUGUGAGGGCGGAGCUCUUACUGUUACCGUGGACACACAGAUGCUACAGACUUUUCCAGUGUCGGCAGUGACCCUGCGAGAUCACAACUGCCGUGGUGAAUUUAAUGGAAGCCAUUUCCUGUUGCUUUUCCCGGUCAUUUCCUGCGGGACGGAGGGAGAAAUGGAUGAAGUGAACAGAAGUGUUCAUUACACAAAUACAGUGUUCCUGUGGAAACAGAAACCACCCGAGGGUUUGAACAAUGAGACAGGCGGGGAGGUGUUGGACGAGACGAGUCUGAUAGCCAUUCAUAUCAGCUGUGAAUCAUCUCUGAUCACUCCUGUGAGUCCAACAGACGUGACUCCGUCCUCCAGGCCUGAGGAGGCGCUGCGCUUCAGUCCCUGGGUGCCGAGAGGCCCCGCCGCUCCAGUCCUGUCCAUGGAGCUGUUUGUCACUGAGGCCUACGAGAAGAGAGCCGUGGGGCCCUGCGUGAUCACAGCAUACAACCGUGUCUACGUGCAGAUCUCGGUGGGUUCUGGUGUUGCUGAGGCCGUGGAGCUCCAGUCAUGUCUGGUCUCUCCUCUCUCAGAUCCGCAGGCUCACAGCGGCUGGUCCAUCAUUAGAGACUCCUGCCCAUCCGACCUGUCCUUCAAUCUGAGCCACAGGGAAACCCAGGAAUCCACAGACAGCACAGGACAUGAUGAAGACGAGAAGAUUGACAGGAAAGAUGACAGAAGACUGUCGCAGCCGCUCUCACGCUGGAGACAGAUGGCGAGCCACAGCGGAGACGAGAGAGCGAGACGAAAUAAAGACGAGAGACCCAACAGACUCGGAGCGAGGAGACCUGAGGAACACAGACGGAAGAGACGAGAGGACGAACACGAGAACGCAAACAUGCUGCGGUUCAGCUUCAUCCUGCGCCCCAUCUUUAAUAACUCCAUCCAGUUCCUGCACUGCCGGCUGCGUCUGUGCGCAUCAGUUGAGGGGCCCUCAGGGGCCACCACUCGGAUCUGCACAGAUGGGCCUCAAAUACCUCCUCUCACACACACAACUGCUUCUCAACAGUGUGAGUACAGAAAUCUCUCUCGGCCUGUGUUGGUCACGUAUCCUGCUGGGUUUCUGGCUCCCCCUGCUGGUAAACUUGCUCAAAAGCCUGCUGAGAUGUCUAAACAGACUCCUGCAAACAGCGAAACAGGUGAGGGUCCAGUGUUAGUGGUCGUGUUCUCUGCGUUUGUGAUGGGUUUGUGUCUAAUGGUGCUGUGGUGCAUUUACAGUCACACAGGGAGGCUUGAUAUGACCCAGAGAGACGGUGUUAUAGAGACCACGCGACAGGACAGCGGCUUCAGAAACCCACCGAUGCUGAUGGAGCAAACCAGCGGUUUCCACGAGGUGGACUAAAGAUAACCCUGAUAGCACACGAACAUCAUAGAGACGUCUAUUUGACAUCUGCAAGACUUAUUUUUUAAAGUGUUUGCUCAUCUGCAAUAGGACGUUUCCUAUAAGAUGUCAAAUAGAAGUUUAUUAGAUGUCUUUAAGAUCCAAAACAAUAGAAAAAAACAAUAGAACCAUCACAGAAAAUUCUAAUGGUUUCCAUUACAAACCAUUACACACAUUACAAACCAUCAACUUUUAACCAUUGAAACCAUAAAAAAAAUGGUUGUCUGUAGUGUGUUUUGGGACAUAGCCUAUUCUGUUAGGAUUUAUUGGUUUUAAAAAGCCACCAAUAGAAGGUGACCAAUUACCAGUAGAGACCAACUACCCUGCUGAAAAAAGCUAAAUCUAGGCUGGAUGACCAGCUAAAACCAGCCAACCAGCUCAGGCUGGUUUUAGCUGGUCAUCCAGCCUAGAUUUAGCUGGUCAGCAGGCUGGUUUUAGCCACUUCUUUAGUUGGCCAGGUUGGGAGACCAGCUUAAACCAGCCAACCAGCUUAGGCUGGUUUUAGCUAUUUUUUUUUUUUUUUCAGCAGGGGGGUCCAUUACAGUUUCAGUAAAAUCAAUACAAGACCCAUUAUAACCAGUAAAACCAUUACAAAUUUUGUGAUGUGUCUAUUGUUUUUUUCAGCAGGGAUGUUUAUGAUUUAAAAUGUAUGUAAAACUGAUAUCUUACAUUUAUCUGUCAGAUGUUUGUACACAGCAGAUGCUUUCUAGAUCAAGUGAUCUUUAACAGACAUCUUGCAGACGUACAUGUGCUAUCUGGGAUACGACCGUCAAAUUCAAAACGUGACAUAAACGAACAACCUUCAUGUGUUUUCUUUAAGGCUGAAUUUGUGUACCACUGUUCUGAGGUGCUUUUAACUUAUUUGUCUUGCUGCUUUAGUUGUGCUGCUAAAUGUAACACCAUAAAUGAUCUAAAAUGAUUAUAGAUUUGUGUAUAAGAUUUGCGCUCGUUUAAUGUUCUUUAGUUCAAUUUUCAGUCCUUUAAUUGUUUUUAAUUUACUGUGUUGUAGUACAUAGACAAUCAUGUCUUAAAUUCUCAGUAUAUUAA